CUUUGUUGUUGCAUAGUGGAGACGUGUAUGUUUUUGGUAAUGGUAACCACGGGCAACUGGGACAAGGAAAUAACAAACCAUGUGGUCAUCCAGUGAAGGUCCCAUUGCCUGGACCAGCUCAGCAGGUAUCAUGUGGUGACAAUCAUACAGUGGUCCUACUGGCUAAUGGAGACGUAUACACCUUUGGUAAACACCAGGAGGGUCAGUUAGGUCGUCCUCCUUCCGAUGAUAAGGAGUGGCACAUGGUCCCAGGCUGUGUCACUCUAAGUGACUCUUACAAGUCAAAGUGGAUAUCAGCAUCAAACAACCAGACCUUUAUAUCAGUCGAUGAAUCACUUGUUUCUGAUGAUUUGUUGAAUAAGACUGUCGUAUUUGGACACACUGAUUGUAUAGGUCUGCUGCCUCCUUCAAUUGAUGAGAUGAAGUCAAGUCUUGUUGUUAUUAAUCCAACCACUUUACUAUCUAAAAAGUUGGAUGGUGAUGAGCAAGAGUCUCUGAGUGGGAGGAGUCUGUGUAUCGAUCCAGAGUAUAAUGUUCUGUGGAGCUUUGACGCUAGCAGUUUUGAAAUAUGCUGUUAUAAUCCUGUAGCAGCUGAAGUUAAAGGUUAGAAAUGAUC